CACCCGCCAGUGACUCGCUCCCCCCCUUUCUUGAAAAUCAAAACACCCGCCGUCCUUCUCACCCAAAUCGAAACUCCUCUCCCCCAUACUUCUCUCCCACAUCCGCACGAGCAGUCUGGUUUAGAGGUGAUAACCGACAUCCCUGCGACCACUCUCCUCUUCGAAGCCGUUCUUCAUCUGUGUCGAUUCGAAGCGGGGCUUCUCGAAGUGUGGGCGAUUUGAGGGUUAAGAAGCGACGAGCCCUUUCUUCAACUUUAAGACGGCGACGCACACCAGUGGAGAUGGCGGACGGGGCCCUGAAGCUACGCAUUCCAAGUCAUGAUUAUUUCCCCGCGCAGUAUUCCGUCUGUUCAGCCUUCAGAAUUGCAGCGAAGUGGGUAAAAGACAGAUUAUCUCCAACACAAAAGGAUAGGUUUCGCGAAUUACCUUGGGGCCAUCUCAUUGACAUCCCACAAACAGACAACUCUGGCCAAAUCUUGCACAUGCUGGCCUUACACCUAGUGCAGGACCAACCGGAUAAUGAGCUGUGGUUUGGCAUUGGGGGUACACUGUAUAAGUUCACUUAUGCAGAUUUUAGCUACAUAAGUGGAUUACCAAUACAUGACGAACCAGAAGCUGCUGAAGCAGACCCUGCCGCACCUGAGGAUGAAGAUUGUGGAGAUGAUUCUGGACAGGAAUCUGGCCAAGAAGAUGAACCAGUAGGGGCCCUUGCCGAGAAGUAUUUCGGUGGCAAAGAUAACAUAACCCACGCCAAUAUGAAGAAUAUCUUUACAAAAUUGAAGCCAUCCAAACGCGGUGAUGAUGCUGUGAAGUUGGCCUCGUUGUUCUAUAUUGAGUGCGUUUUGCUUGCUAAGGACAACACUACGAGGAUCAAUGCAUCAUCAGUCAGAUUGGCCAACGAUUUAGAGGCAUUCCGGAAGUGUCCGUGGUCACUUCAAUCUUACAAAAUAUUGGUGAAACACAUGAAGGAUCUGAUGCAAGACCAACCUGAUAAGUUCCAGGAGCGGAAGAAGAAGAAUCCUAAGUAUAAGAAUGCAAAGUUAUCUGUUUACGGGUUUCCACUAGUUUUGCAGGUGUGGGCGUACGAAGAAAUUCCUGAAGUUGGUAUGCACUUUGCAAACAAAGUGGGUAAUCAUGACGUGCCUUUGCUUAAUUGGACGGCUGUACCGAAAUUUCAUUACUCCAAGCUUAGAAGAUUGGUCUUUCCAGAGGAGGAGGAAAAGGUUUCUGAUUCAGAGGAGGGAGAGGAAGAAGAUGAAACAAACGAGGAAGACGUUCAAGUUUUUGGAAAACUGAAAAUAUUGGAGGAGAUGCAGAACCUGCGGGUAUGUGUUGAAAAGGUGGAAAAGAAGAUUACUAUCGUUGAAGAUACUAUUUCAGAAAUUAAGGUACUACUUCAGAAGCUGAUUGGUAAUCAGAACCCAUCUGUUCAAGAAGAGGUUGAUAAGGUUGAUAAUGAUGACGUGGUUGUUCAGGACGAGGCUGCGGUUGAGGCCGAGGGUGAGAAUAUAGUACAAACUAGUGACGGUGAAGAUGCCGAGGUUGUCCAUGCUGAUGCCGGACAAAGUGAAGGUCAGGGUGCCGCUGCAGAUGUUCCUUUGAAGAGCACGAGUGUACAUGAAGAAGGUGCCGCUGCAGAUGGUCAUGGGGUGGCAGACAGGCAGUUAUCUCCGACUGCAGAUUUUACCGCCCAUGAAGAUGGUGUUGUUAAGGAAGUUGGGGACGUUAGCAACCCCUUAAACAAUGAAGGUGGCACACGGGCAGAUUUGAUCAUCUCAACUGUGGUGACUGAGGUGGAUUGGGAAAAUGAACACAAUAAGCAUGACAGCAACUUCCCGGAUAUUAUGAUGUGUUUAAACGAGGACUCUCAGCAGGUGGAGGAUGAGCAGUUACCUUCGGUAACCGCGCCCGGUCCAUUUGAGAAUUUGGAUUGGGAUGGAGGCGAUGUUGGUAGUACACCACUUGAUGUUGAGCCACUUGCAGAUGUCAGCACGAAACAUCGACAUAAGAGGAAACGGUGUCGUGCAAAUUACAAAUGCUCACCAUACCUUGACCCGAUUAUCCCAAUUGAACCUCCUAUGUUUCACCCAAGCGACGAUGAUAUUGCAUCUCUGAAGGCGUGGAUUGAAGAACCUGACCAUGUAGAACCGAAAAUGGUUGUUCUGAAUCUACCAUCAUUUGAUGAAGUGGAUAGGGAGUUUUUCCGUGAGCUUGUUCAACCAGAUGAGACGCUAUGGUCCUAUCAUAUGGAUGCUCUAUCGUACCUGCUUGUAAAAGAUUGUAAGACGGAGAAGCCGUAUAAGCUAAUAAACCCUUACUUUACGCAUCAACUGUUGAGUAAGGAUGCUAAGGAUGAGAACGUCUGGACUCGCGAUAAGUAUCUACCAGCUGUGGACUGGAGAGGUUUGGAGAAGGUUUUUGUACCUUUGAAUGUUGGUGGGAUGCAUUGGAUUUUAGCGGAAAUUGACCUACAUGCAAAAUUGGUGCGUGUAUAUGACUCUAUGAGAACGAGUAGGUCAAGGUUGCAUGCAGCCGAUCUGUGUGUCAGACUUCCGCUCCUCUUCCGAGUCAUACAAGCCCACCCACAUCUGAGUAAGGUAGAGGUUUGGAAAGCCUCGGCAGUUGCAGAUGUUCCGCAACAGGAGGGAGGGAGUAUUUGCGGACUCAUGGUUGUUGCUUAUGCGGAAGCAUUGAUGUUGGGGCUACCGAUGAGGCCAUAUUGCGAGUAUGCGAACGUGGCCAGCAAGAGAUGGCAUUUCGCACUACGGCUUUGGACUUUGAGGCAGACUGUUUCGUAGACAUAUGUAGAUGUCUAUUUUUUUGCUAAUGUGUAUACAUAACUGUCAUGGUUCCCAUGUAAGAAACAUUAUUUUGCUGGUUUUGUGUUUUUGUAACCUUCUGGAAUAUAAUGUAUGAUCAUGUACAUUGUUUUGGCGGUUGUGCUGUAAUGAACGUUGUACAAUGUCCUACAAGGUUAUUCCCCAAGAGGGUUCAUAUGAAACAUGUAACCAAAUUUCUAAGUUGGUUUUUGUGUUAUUUUUAACACUUUGAAAUGUUAUGUAUCAUAAUGUUCUUUGUUUGUAAUAACAUGUGUCUGUG